AUGAGUCCUGAGCCCAGCAAGAAGAGUAGCCAAGUGGACUGGAAGUGGACGGCAGAAGAGGGUGCGCCGGCGAUCAGGAUUAGAUUAUCGUUUCCGCUGAUCAUACGGCCGGCGUUCACGCUGGGGGGCACGGGCGGCGGGAUAGCGUACAACCUGGAGGAGUUCCACGCCAUCGUGGAGGGGGGUUUGGAGGCGUCCAUGACCACGCAGGUGUUGAUCGAGAAGUCCCUGCUGGGGUGGAAGGAAUUUGAGCUGGAAGUGAUGCGUGACCUUGCGGACAAUGUGGUCAUCAUCUGCUCCAUCGAGAACGUCGAUGCAAUGGGCGUGCACACAGGGGAUUCCAUCACGGUGGCACCUGUGCAGACCCUCACAGACAAGGAGUACCAGCGUCUGAGGGACGCGGCCAUCAAGAUCAUCCGUGAGAUGGGUGUGGAGUGUGGCGGCUCAAAUGUGCAGAUGGCGAUCAACCCCAAGGAUGGGGAGAUGAUGAUAAUCGAGAUGAACCCAAGGGUCAGCCGCUCGUCAGCGCUGGCAUCCAAGGCGACAGGGUUCCCCAUUGCCAAAAUGGCUGCUAAGUUGGCAGUGGGCUACACGUUGGACCAGAUACCGAAUGACAUCACUCAGAAGACCCCUGCUUCAUUUGAGCCAUCGAUCGACUACGUAGUUACUAAGAUCCCAAGGUUCGCUUUUGAGAAGUUCCCAGGGUCCCGGCCAGAGCUGACGACGCAGAUGAAGUCUGUUGGGGAGGCAAUGGCGAUCGGCCGCACGUUCCCAGAGUCAUUCCAGAAGGCGCUGCGGUCGCUGGAGACUGGGUUGGAUGGCUGGUCCCUCCCAAAGAGCUACACAAGGCUUGAGCUGCCUGACCUUGAGAGGAGCUUGCGUGUUCCCAAUCCUGAACGCAUCCUGGCGAUCAAGCAAGCCUUUGGUGAUGGACUCACAAUGGAGGAGAUACAGGCUCUGACCAGCAUCGACACCUGGUUCCUGACACAAAUGGAAUACCUACACAAGAUCGAGACCUGGCUUGAUGGACAGCAACUGGACGCCCUGCAGGCACAGGACCUCAGGGAACUGAAGCGAGCUGGCUUCAGCGACUCCCAGAUCGCCAGGUGCACUGGAUCAGACACCAUGACGGUACGUAGACGCAGGAAGGCACUGGGCGUGGAGCCAUCCAUGAAACGUGUGGACACAUGCGCAGCAGAGUUUGAGGCUGGCACGCCGUACAUGUACAGUUCCUAUGAUGGGGACUGUGAAUGCGAGUCCACCAACAGCCGCAAAGUGCUGAUCCUUGGCGGCGGGCCAAACAGGAUCGGCCAGGGCAUCGAAUUCGACUACUGCUGCUGUCAUGCGUCCUAUUCCCUCAGGAAAAUGGGCAUCGAGACGAUCAUGAUGAACUCAAAUCCUGAGACGGUUUCAACCGACUAUGACACAAGCAGCCGGCUAUACUUCGAGCCGCUGACAGCAGAAGAUGUGCUGAAUGUUAUCGACAAGGAGCGCCCCGAUGGGAUCAUCAUCCAGUUUGGGGGCCAGACGCCACUGAAGCUGGCAACGGCGCUGCAGAAGGCGCUCCAGGAGGAGCCAGUGGCCUGCGCCAGCGGGGAGGGCGUCGUAAGGAUAUGGGGCACGCAGCCAGACAGUGUGGACGAGGCUGAGGACAGGGACCGAUGGAUGGCUCUGCUGUCUCGCCUGAACAUCCAGCAGCCUCCAGGCGGCAUGGCCAGGUCCGAGGAGGAGGCCGUGGAGACCGCCAGGCAGCUGGGCUACCCCGUGAUGGUCCGCCCCUCCUACGUGCUGGGCGGCAGGGCGAUGGAGGUCGUGCACAGCGACGAGGACCUGGUCCGCUACGCCAGCACGGCGGUCAAGGUGGACCCGGACAUGCCGGUGCUGGUGGACAAGUACAUCCAGGGCGGCACGGAGCUGGACGUGGACGCGCUGUGCGACGGGCGGGGCGGCGCCGUCAUAUGCGGCAUCAUGGAGCACAUCGAGCAGGCGGGCGUGCACUCCGGGGACUCCGCCUGCAGCCUGCCCGCCCAGACCAUCUCGAAGGCCUGCCUGGAGACCGUUCGACGCUGGACGUACGACGUGGCCCGCGCGCUCAAGGUGGUGGGACUCAUAAACAUCCAGUACGUCAUCCAGGGCGACCAGCCGUACAUUAUCGAGGCCAACCCGCGGGCCUCAAGGACCGUCCCCUUCGUGGCAAAGGCCAUCGGCCGGCCCAUUGUGUCCUACGCCUCGGCCGUCAUGGCGGGCGCCAGCCUGGGCGACCUGGACUUCCAGUCUGAGCCGGAGGUGGCCCACGUGUCCGUGAAGGAGGUAGUGAUCCCCUUCGACAAGUUCCCCGGCACGGACACCCUGCUGGGGCCAGAGAUGCGGUCCACCGGGGAGGUGAUGGGCAUCGACAUGGAGUUCGACCGCGCGUACGCCAAGGCCCAGAUCGCCGCCGGCCAGAGGCUGCCGCUGUCCGGCACAGUGUUCGUGUCUAUGCGCGACAACCUGAAGGCGGGGAUGCUGCCCACGGCGCGCAGCCUGGCAGGGAUGGGCUACCGGCUGGUGGCGACGGCCGGCACGGCCGACUACCUGAGGGGCCAGGGCGUGGAAUGCGAGCAGGUACUGAAGAUCCACGAGGGCCGGCCGAACAUAUCGGACCUGAUGAAGAACGGUGAGGUGCACCUGGCGAUGAUCACGUCAAGUGGGGACGCGCUGGACCGGCGGGAUGGGCGGGACCUUCGGCGGCUGACGCUGGCGCUGAAGAUACCGAUGGUGACGACGGUGGCAGGCGCAGAUGCCACCACCAAGGCACUGCAGGCCAUCAGGUCGGGCCCCCUGGACCAGGUGCCCCUGCAGGACUACUACUAG